CCCGAAACUUAAAAUAUAUAUUCCGAUUAUAUCACUCUCAUCCCAGCGCUUCUCAGCAUCACCUCCACUUCUUUCAUUCCAAUUCUAGCCAAAAUGGUCUUCGAAAAGCUCCAGACCCUGGAGUUGCCCGCUUCGGCGGAUAUGCAUGUCCAUCUCCGCGACGGCGCCACCAAGAACCUCGUCGUUCCCAGUAUUAGAGCUGGCGGAGUAAACUGCGUGAUGGUUAUGCCUAACCUUGUUCCUCCGAUCACGACAGUCGCCCACGCCCUCCAGUACCAAGCAAGCCUCCAAGCCCUGGAGCCAAAAGUCCAGUUCCUCAUGUCUCUCUACCUCCACCCCGACGUCACCCCCGCCACCAUCGCCGAAGCCGCCGCCGCCGGCAUCAAGAACGUGAAAUCCUACCCCGCAGGCGUGACCACAAACUCCUCCGCCGGCGUCGUAGACUACAGCGUCUUCUACCCUGUCUUCGCUGCCAUGGAAUCGCACAACAUGAUCCUCAACCUCCACGGCGAGCUCCCCUCCACCGCAGACUCAUCCAUCACCGUCCUCUCCGCCGAGGAGAAGUUCCUCCCCACCCUCCGCACCCUGCAUGAGGCCUUCCCCCGCCUCCGCAUCAUCCUCGAGCACUGCACAACCGCUGCGGCCAUCGAGGCAGUCAAGGCGUGCGGGCCUACCGUUGCGGCGACUAUCACGGCGCACCACUUGUACCUUACCAUCGAUGAGGUGGUCGGCAACGCGCACCACUUCUGCAAGCCUGUUGCUAAGCUCCCGGCGGACCGAAAGGCACUGCUUAGUGCUGCUGCGGCAGGGGGAGAGAAGUUCUUCUUCGGCUCUGAUUCAGCGCCUCAUGCGCUGUCAGCGAAGGAGAUGAGGGGGAAGCCCGCCGCGGGGUGCUUUACGCAGGGAGAGGCGACGCAGUUGGUUCUUGAGGCUUUUGUGGGCGCUGUUGGAAAGGGGUUGUUGAAGGAGGAGGAGGUGACGGUCGAGGGUAUUGAGGGGUUCUUGGGUGGGUAUGGAAGGAAGUUUUAUGGGGUUGAGGCGAAUGGGGAGAAGAUUGUGCUGAAGAGGGGUGCGUCGAAGGUGGCGGAUAUGCUGAGGGGAGAGGGAGAUUUGGAGAUUAUGCCGUUUAGGGCUGGUGAGGAGACGUGGUCGUUGGAGUGGAAGGCGUAGGUUGGUCACAGAUUAGAAGACCUGGCCUCGGAAAAGUAACUGUGUGUAUAUAGAGAAUCUAAGUUUAAACAUGAAAUUUUACAGCGA